CAAUGAGGGCCGCUCGGGGGCGGGGCCGUCUCUCCUGUAAUCAAUCCUCCGAUCAGCCCGUGAGCGUGUGUGUUGUGUUGAACGCUGUAGCGUGUGUUCGCCCUCACCGACCGAGAACCGCACAGGAACCCGGACGGCGCGGUUUUUUUCUCUCUCCUCCAUUUAAAGUGCGACAAGAGGGGAGGGACAUGGGCGAAAGAUUUGUGGUGGUCCCGGUUGACGGAGGAGUUGGGGUCGCCGGGGUGGGGGGCCACUCGGACGCGGUCGUCUCUGACCCGCCACCGGACUCCGGGGGCGCAGCGGAGGAGAGAGAGGCGGGGGAGGACUCCGUGUUCGAGCCGCAGGAGGACCCCAACGCCGUGGUGCCCAUCUUGAAGUACAACAGGGAGCCCAACAAGUACGGUGAUGGCGUCCCAAAGGAAAACAGUCCCUUCAUCAACAACACCGACAACGACAAAGGCAACAACUAUGAUGGCACCAACAUGGCCCUUUUUGAGGAUGAGAUCGAAAUCAACCCAAUGGUGUCAUCCCUCCUCAAUAAACUUGCAAACUACACCAACCUCACCCAGGGGGCCCAGGAGCAUGAGGAAGCUGAUAAUGAUGAGGGGCCAAAGAAGAAAGAAGUCAAGAGCCCUCAGAUGGGGACCUUCAUGGGCGUCUACCUCCCGUGCCUCCAGAACAUUCUGGGGGUCAUCCUGUUUCUGCGACUCACCUGGAUUGUUGGCACUGCCGGCAUCUUGGAGUCCCUGGCUAUCGUGUGCCUGUGCUGCUCUUGUACCAUGCUGACGGCCAUAUCCAUGAGUGCAAUCGCUACUAAUGGUGUUGUGCCAGCUGGAGGCUCCUACUACAUGAUUUCCAGAUCUCUGGGCCCAGAGUUUGGCGGAGCAGUAGGUCUCUGUUUCUACCUAGGCACGACUUUCGCUGGCUCCAUGUACAUCCUUGGUACUAUAGAGAUUCUGCUGACCUACAUCGUGCCUAAAGCAGCCAUUUUUGUGGCAGAGAAAAAGGAGGACGAGGUGGAUGCCCUGCUGAAUAACAUGCGCGUUUACGGCACGUGCUGCCUAGCGCUGAUGUCAGUGGUCGUCUUCGUCGGGGUGAAGUAUGUCAACAAGCUCGCGCUGGUCUUCCUGGCUUGCGUCAUUCUCUCCAUCCUCUCCAUCUAUGCUGGAGUCAUCAAGACCAUCUUUGAGCCACCGGACUUCCCGGUUUGCAUGUUGGGGAAUCGCACAUUGCAGAACCAAAACUUCGACAGUUGUCUCAAGACGGAGAUCAUAGACAACGUGACGGUCACUACCAAGCUGUGGCAGCUGUUCUGCAACGGGCCUGAGCUCAACGCCACCUGCAACGACUACUUCCGCCUCAACAAUGUGACCGAGAUGCAGGGCAUCCCCGGACUGAAGAGCGGAGUCAUUUCAGAAAACAUGUGGUCAGUGUAUGGCCCUCUGGGUAAGUUGGUAGAUGACAAGAAGCUUGAAUCAGUGGAGGGGGGUGACUCUUCCCAGGACAAGUACAUGCCCUACGUCUUCAACGAUAUCACCACCUUCUUCACGCUGCUGGUCGGCAUCUACUUUCCGUCCGUCACUGGUAUCAUGGCUGGUUCAAACCGGUCAGGUGACUUGCGGGAUGCCCAGAAGUCCAUCCCCAUCGGGACUAUCUUGGCUAUCGCCACCACCUCCUUUAUCUACGUCACCUGCGUGGUUCUGUUUGGUGCCAGCAUUGAGGGAGUUCUGCUUCGAGACAAAUUUGGUGAUGCAGUGAAAGGGAACCUUGUGAUAGGCACGCUAUCAUGGCCCUCGCCCUGGGUUAUUGUGAUUGGCUCGUUCUUCUCCUGCUGCGGGGCGGGGCUACAAAGUUUGACUGGCGCCCCACGCCUGCUGCAGGCCAUCGCACGAGACGGCAUCGUACCUUUCCUGCAGGUGUUUGGUCAUGGGAAAGCUAACGGAGAACCCACCUGGGCUCUGCUGUUGACCGGUGGGAUCUGUGAGAUCGGUAUCCUCAUCGCCUCCCUGGACGCCGUGGCUCCUAUCCUCUCCAUGUUUUUCCUCAUGUGCUACUUGUUUGUCAACCUGGCCUGUGCACUUCAGACUCUGCUGCGGACGCCCAACUGGAGACCACGCUUCAAAUACUACCACUGGGCUCUGUCCUUCCUGGGAAUGAGCUUGUGUCUUGCUCUCAUGUUUAUCUGCUCCUGGUAUUAUGCUAUUGUGGCCAUGGCCAUCGCUACCUGCAUCUACAAAUACAUCGAAUACAGAGGGGCAGAGAAGGAGUGGGGAGACGGCAUCCGUGGGCUGUCUCUCAAUGCAGCACGCUAUGCCCUCAUUCGCCUCGAGGAGGCUCCACCGCACACUAAGAACUGGAGGCCUCAGUUGCUGGUGCUCCUGAAUCUAGACUCGGAUCAAGGAGUCAAACACCCCCGCCUGCUGUCCCUCACCACUCAGCUGAAGGCAGGGAAAGGCCUCACCAUAGUGGGGAAUGUUCUAGAGGGGACCUAUCUCACCAAAGAUGCUGAGGCCAGGAAGGCUGAGCAGAACAUCAAGUCUGCCAUGUCAACAGAGCGAACAAAGGGUUUCUGCCACGUCGUGGUGUCUUCAAACCUCCGGGACGGCGUCUCCCACCUCAUCCAGUCCGCGGGGCUGGGAGGCAUGAAGCACAACACCAUCCUCAUGGCCUGGCCCGGCACCUGGAGGCAGUCCAACGACCCGCAGUCCUGGAAGAAUUUCAUAGAGACAGUGCGGGAGUCCACAGCAGCCCAUCACGCCUUGCUCGUGGCUAAGAAUGUGGACAGCUUCCCCAGCAACCAGGACCGCUUGGGGGAGGGCACCAUCGACGUGUGGUGGGUGGUUCACGAUGGAGGCAUGCUGAUGCUGCUGCCCUUCCUGCUGCGACAGCACAAGGUGUGGAGGAAGUGUAAGAUGCGCAUCUUCACCGUGGCCCAGAUGGACGACAACAGCAUUCAAAUGAAGAAAGACCUCCAGAUGUUCCUCUACCACCUGCGACUGAAUGCAGAAGUGGAAGUGGUGGAGAUGCACGAUAAUGACAUCUCGGCCUUCACCUACGAGAAGACGCUGGUGAUGGAGCAGAGGUCUCAGAUGCUGAAACAGAUGCAACUCUCCAGGACUGAGAGGGAGAGAGAGGCCCAGCUCAUCCACGACAGAAACACGGCAUCUCACGCCACGAUAAACGACAAGGCCGACGCCGGGCUCGACCGAGUUCACAUGACCUGGACAAAGGAGAAGCUCUUCAUGGAGCGCAACCGCAACCGCGAGUGCAACGCCAACGUGGCCGUGCGUGACCUGUUCAACAUGAAACCAGAGUGGGAGAGUCUGAACCAGUCGAAUGUUCGUCGGAUGCACACGGCUGUCAAGCUGAAUGAGGUGGUGGUCAACAAGUCGCAGGGAGCUCAACUGGUCCUGCUCAACAUGCCGGGACCGCCCAGGAACCGAGGAGGAGACGAGAACUACAUGGAGUUCCUGGAGGUUCUCCUCGAGGGUCUGAACCGGGUCCUCCUGGUGCGAGGCGGCGGCCGCGAAGUCAUCACAAUCUACUCUUAAAAAAAUCCCCAAAAAAGAAACUCUCACGCCCCACCCUGCACACAUGGGCUGUUGCCAUGGUUACCGGUCACCGGGCAUUUUGCUGGAAGGAUGCCCAAUUUUGGUUUUUAUGAAGGUGCAGGGGGUUGUUGGAAGGCGGGACCACUUGUAAUUGACAGUUGGUUUGAAGGACCCCAGGAUGAAGGACUGGCUGAGAGAGCGAGCGCAGUGUGUGUGUGCCCACGCUGGGACACGGAACCCCCCCUCCCCCCGCAUGUGGAAGAUAGAGCAUAGAGACACUUUAACAUUGUUCAUUUAACGCUGAAAAAAAUUUAUAUUCUGUUACAUUUCCGUGUUCUUUCCCUCUUGUGUCGAUGUCGUCACUUUUCCCGGCACUCACUGCGUAAAGAUAAGCAUAGGAUGGAAUGUGUGAGCCGUUAUGAUUUGAUCAUCGUAGUCUUUUGUGUUGCACUCUGGGAGGUUCAGAGAAGUUUCGCCGGAGCUGAAAGAAGCAUGCACAGAGAGGACCAGUUCCAGAGAGGCUUUGUAGACUGGAUAUAUAUUUAAUACUGAAUCAAAUACAGUUUGGUGUCCUGCAUGUUCCACAUCGUUAUUUGUGCUCGACAUUCUCAUUUAAAAUGACUUUUUAACAGCAGGCAGCCGUCGACGUCGCUGAACAAGGGCCACGUGUAGUUCAGCGGUCGUUCCUUUAGCAGCGUUUGUAGUCGUAGUCUCCUCGAGUCGAUCGCAUCGUCAGUGAUUUAGUGAAGGACCGGCCGGGAGGACGUGCACCACAUGUUGGAUCACCCUUCUGCUUCAGAUAUGUGGUACUGAUACUUGUUCAACAUCUCCCUCCCUCUAAGAACACUAUUGUUUUAAUAGGGAAAAACAGCCAUAGUUAAUACUCUAGGACCUUUUGUCAGCUUUAUAGAAUGACAUAUUAAAUGCACAUGUGUACAUAUUUAUGGGGACUGAAAAAGAGCUAAAUUGGAAGUAAGUAGAUCUUUUUUUUUAAUCCAAGGGCUGUUUGACAGCGUGCAGUAGCUGAAAUAGUAAGAUUGAAAUAGCAGAUUAGCUCUCGUUAAAUCUGCUCUCAGAAUUGUCGGCAUUUAGCAAAGUGUAAAACGUAAAAGCACAAACUGACUCGUGCAUCAGCACAACUCUUGCGUAUCGCCGCAGUAACAGCACUGUGGACUUUGCACUACCCAUAUAUCAGCACUUAAUUCAUUGCGUACUCUCAACACAGUUCUACCGCCUGCAGUGACACCUCCUACCGGUCAACACGACAUUGUUCUCACAUUGGAGCAGCAAGAUGCUGAUAAAAUAGCUCAAGGAAAAAGGAUGCAGAAAGUGAUUCCGUACUGUUUAAUACUAAUGUUUCAUUGUUGUUUUUAUAUUAUUUUACCAAACCAAUCUCUCCAGGCUUUGAGUCCCAGACUGAGUAGAUUCAUUGUAACGAGCAUGUGUAGGAGAAAAAGUGCCAAAACGACUGGGAAAGAAACUGUGGAAGUAUCACUGUUGCGUCUCAGAGCAUUGCGGUACGGCCACAGCUGGUUUUUACAUUUCCUAUCUGAAAAAAAGAAAAACAUUACAAGCACAUUUUUUUUUUUUUAUGUUAGAGCUUACACCUGCUAGAUUUCUUUUAAAAUAUAUGCAAAAAUAAUAAUUGAGCAAAUGCAACUAGGAGAUUUCAAACCCUCUAACAUUGUCUUAACGCUGCAAUGUUAGAGGGUUUCUUGUGGUAGAGGGAAGAAGAAAAACAAGUCCAACCCGUUGCCUGGUGUACCUCCACAGUUUCUUUUUUCAUAAAUUAGCUGUGCAGUAUUUUGUAAAGCAGAAAGCGGUGUUCUCCUGCACGUCUUCGCAGAGAAAAAUCAAGAACUUCUGAUCAUCAGUUCUGGAACAUUCGUGUUUUUGUUGUGUUUUGUUCAGUUGUUGAUUUGCACCUGUGUAACUAUAUAGUUCUUCUGUAGUAUUUGUUACGUUAAAAUUGAUCUUCUGUUACUUUAAGUGUUCAUUUUUAGUGUGAUUUUUUUUUUUUUUUUUUUCUUUUGGAAGGAGGCAGAGAGAGGUGGUGUGUGUGGACGGGGGCGGUUGUCCAGUUUUACGUGUUUUGUUCUGACCUGUAAGGAGCACACCGUAACGCACAGGACUGAACCCCCCUCAGGAAACAGUGGCACCAGGGACUGAAAGUAUCAACGAAUGGUCGAUAAAGUCACUUUAUAAAGUUAAAUCAUUUCAGCUUCCUUUGUUCAGAUUUAUAUUUUAGCUGCGAAAGAUUUUAAAACAGUCCCAUAUCAAUAAAACUUGAAAUUGUCUAGCUUAAGGAAGUUUGAAACAUUAGAAGUUGUACAAAUAAACCAUUAAAGUCAUAAAGAUAAAUUAUAAAAGAGUAUUUUCUUUUAAUCUGGUUACUGAGCUGAAUAGCAGCAGCUGUGCGUAGAGGAAACAUAAAGCACAUGAAACCCUAAACAGAUGAUGCAAAUUAAAUAAAGAGAGGUUUCUGGAGGUGAAGAGGAUUUUCAGCAGUGUUUUCUAGCUCUAAUGUCUGAGGUGACUGGAGAAUGCUAUCUACCUCAAGGUGUCACUGAGGCUGAAGAAAUAGAAUAAAAUGUCUUCAAUCACAUCUCUCUUUCAGAACUGAUGUCAUAUGUGGAUUUAUGAAAGCAAAAAAAGUGAGAGAGGACCAGCAGAAGUGUGUGUGUGUGUGUGUGUGUGUGUGUGUGUGUGUGUGUGUGUGUGUGUGUGUGUGUGUGUGUGUGUGUGUGUGUGUGUGUGUGUGUGUGUGUGUGUGUGUGUGUGUGUGUGUGUGUGUGUGUGUGUGUGACUGUUGUGUUUCUGCU